AUGACCAACGGCGGCCACAGCAUGAGCGGCGCCAGCAUCGCGAGCGGUGCUGGCGGCUGGCUGGGUUUCUCGCUGUCGCCUCACGUCGCCAUGGAGGCGGCGGCCGGCUCCGGCAUCGUCGACGUGGCCGGCCACCACCACGCGCAGCACGGCGGGGUCUACUAUCACCCUGACGCGGUCGCCUCCUCCCCCAUGUCCUUCUACUUCGGUGGGAGCGACAAUGUCGGCGCCGCGAGCGGCGGGUACUACUCCGGGAUCUCCGCACUGCCUCUCAGGUCCGACGGCUCCCUCUGCCUCGCCGACGCGCUCCGGAGGGGCGAGCAGAAACACCACGGGGCGGAGGUGUCGGCGCCGCCGAAGCUCGAGGACUUCCUGGGCGCGAGUCCCGCCAUGGCGCUGAGCCUGGACAACUCGGGCUACUACUACGGCGGCCAAGGCCACGGCCAUGGCGACGCAGGAGGCGGCCAGCACCAGCUGCCGUACGCCAUGAUGCCUGGCUCCGGUGGCCACCACAUGUACUACGACGCCCACGCGGCGUUGCUGGACGAGCAGGCUGCAGCCACGUCGGCCGCGAUGGAAGCGGCCGGCUGGAUGGCGCGUGCCGGAGACGUCUACGACGUGGACGCCGGCAACGGCGAGGACGCCAUCGUGGCGACCGGCCACGACAACCCCGGUGGGUACGUACACCCGCUGACGCUGUCCAUGAGCUCCGGGUCCCAGUCCAGCUGCGUCACCAUGCAGCAGGCGGCUGCACGCGCCCACGCCUACGUCGGUGCCGGCGGCGAGUGCGUCGGCCAGGCGACCGCGGCCAGCAAGAAGCGCGGCGCGGGCGCCGGGCAGAACAAGCAGCCGGUCGUGCACCGCAAGUGCAUCGACACCUUCGGCCAGCGCACGUCCAAGUACCGGGGCGUCACCAGGCAUAGGUGGACGGGGAGGUAUGAGGCGCACCUCUGGGACAACAGCUGCCGGAAGGAAGGCCAGACCAGGAAAGGCCGGCAAGUUUAUCUUGGUGGGUAUGACAUGGAGGAGAAGGCGGCGAGGGCGUAUGACCUCGCGGCGCUCAAGUACUGGGGCGCGUCCACGCACAUCAACUUCCCGGUGGAGGACUACCAGGAGGAGCUGGAGGUGAUGAAGAACAUGACCAGGCAGGAGUAUGUGGCUCACCUCAGAAGGAAGAGCAGCGGGUUCUCGCGCGGCGCCUCGGUGUACCGGGGAGUCACCAGGCACCACCAGCAGGGGCGGUGGCAGGCGCGCAUCGGCCGCGUCUCCGGCAACAAGGACCUCUACCUCGGCACAUUCAGCGCGGAGGCGGACGCGGCGGAGGCGUACGACGUGGCGGCGAUCAAGUUCCGCGGCCUCAACGCGGUCACCAACUUCGACAUCAACCGCUACGACGUGGACAAGAUCAUGGAGAGCAGCACGCUCCUGCCCGGCGACCAGGUGCGGCGCAGGAAGGACGGCCCCGACGAGAGCGCCGCCGUGGUGGCAAGCGCGGCGGCCGCCCUCGUGCAGGCCGGCAGCGCCGCGGACUACUGGAGGCAGCCUGCGGCGGUGACCACGGAAGAGCACAGCCGCCACCACCUGGACCUUCUGUCGAGCGAGUCCUUCUCCCUGCUGCGCGGCGUGGUGUCCCUGGACGGCGACGCGGCUGGUGCUCAGGGGCAGGGCAACCGCAUGUCGGGCGCGUCGUCCCUGGCCACGAGCCUGAGCAACUCCCGGGAGCAGAGCCCGGACCAGGGAGGCGGCCUGGCCAUGCUGUUCGCCCGGCCCGAGGCGCCGAAGCUGGCGAGCUCGCUGCCCAUGGGCACCUGGGUCUCAUCGCCGGCGCCGGCCAGGCCCGGCGUGUCCGUGGCGCACAUGCCAGUGUUCGCCGCGUGGGCCGACGCCUGA